GUUGUGUGUCGGAUAGAAAGUCAGCCUGGUUUCCAGCUGAGUGCUUGCUCUCUCACAGUGUGUGUGUGUAUGUGUUGUCAUUAUUAUCCACUCUGCUCCCAGCUCAGAAUGGCCAGAUUCACUCAGACUGAAACAAGAAGGCAGCACCAUCCACAGCAGCCCCAACCCGCUCACUCCAGCCUGGUUUUUACCGGACCGGGGGCACCACCGACCCAACCACCACUACUACUGAUCCCACAUCAGCACCAGUACCCUCAGAUCACAUUCCCGAAACCCAUGAACGGGUCAGAAUCCAUUUCAAUUCAUCCGGAGAGCGGCAACAUGAAGGACCAAGAUGCCAUUAAGCUGUUUAUCGGGCAGAUACCGCGGAACUUGGAGGAAAAAGACCUGAAACCUCUGUUUGAACAGUUUGGGAAAAUCCACGAACUGACAGUUCUCAAGGACCGAUACACCGGCAUGCACAAAGGUUGUGCAUUCCUCACCUACUGCGCCAGAGAGUCGGCCAUCAAAGCCCAAAACGCCCUCCAUGAACAGAAAACACUGCCAGGGAUGACACGCCCCAUCCAGGUGAAACCGGCUGACAGCGAGAGCCGUGGAGAAGACAGGAAGUUGUUUGUGGGGAUGCUGAAUAAACAACAGACCGAGGAGGAUGUUUACCGCCUCUUCGAACCCUACGGAGUCAUCGAGGAAUGCACAGUCCUAAGAGGUCCGGACGGAAACAGCAAAGGUUGCGCCUUUGUCAAGUUCUCCACACACACUGAGGCUCAGUCAGCAAUCAGCGCCCUCCACGGCAGCCAGACCAUGCCAGGUGCUUCCUCCAGCUUGGUGGUCAAGUUCGCCGACACAGACAAGGAGCGCACCAUCAGACGUAUGCAGCAGAUGGUUGGGCAGUUUGGCAUCUUCAACCCAGCCAUCGCCCUCCCUUUCAGCACCUACAGCUCGUACGCACAUGCGCUCAUGCAGCAGCAAGCAGCCAUCAUGGCAGCAAGCCACGGAGGUUACCUCACGCCCAGCGUGGCCUUCCCCGCCACGCAGAUCCACCAAAUGGGGGCGCUCAACAUCAACAGUCUCCCACCCACCCCUAUGACCUCGGUGUCGGGUGAGUUUCAUCAAACCUUGGCAGGCCUUAGUUCUCCACCAGCCAACAUCAACACCUCCGUCCCCAGCAUCGUCACGCCCAUCGUCAACGGAUUCACCGGCAUCCAUCAUCAGCCCAACGGACAUCCUGCUGUGGAGACCGUCUACACCAACGGCCUGCCUCCCUACUCCACCCAGAGCCCCACGGCUGCUGACACCCUACAGCAAGCCUUCACCGGAGUACAGCAAUACACAGCAAUCUAUCCAGCCACCACACUGACUCCCAUUGGCCAGACACUGCCCCAACCACCCCAGGUCAUCCAGCAGCAGCAGCAGAGAGAAGGUGAGGGUCCAGAGGGCUGUAACCUGUUCAUCUACCACCUGCCACAGGAGUUUGGAGACAACGAACUCAUGCAGAUGUUUCUGCCCUUUGGCACCGUGAUCUCCUCUAAGGUCUUCAUGGACCGAGCAACCAACCAGAGCAAGUGCUUCGGCUUUGUGAGCUUCGACAACCCUGGUAGUGCGCAGGCAGCUAUUCAAGCCAUGAAUGGCUUUCAGAUUGGAAUGAAGAGGUUGAAAGUCCAGCUAAAGAGACCGAAGGAUGCCAGCCGCCCUUACUGACAAAGCCUACCUUCAGUAUUCAUUGCAGCAGCACAGAUUUUAGAGGACACUCGAAGAUAUCUCGGAGGAGUUCAACUUUUUUUCUUUGAAAGCGAAAUAUGUUUAAAAAAAAAUCAACACAUAAGGAAUUUUUGAAGACAUAUCAGCAUUUACUUAUGAAGAUAUAGGUUACGGCAGAAAAAAGAAGACGCGAAAGAGGCGGCUGCGGAGGAGGAGGAGGAGGAGGCACUUCACCGGGGGACUUAACAGUAACAGAUGGCACAGUGCAAGAAAGAUGAGAAGAAGAAGAAAAAAAACUGAAAAAAGAAAGUGAUGAGACUGAACAACAGAACUUUUUUCUUGAGACUUGAAUUGUUAAUUAAGCAACAAACUAACAAACAAAAAAGCAGCAACAACAAAUAGAUUUCUAUAUACAUAUUAUAUACACAUAUAUAUAAGGAAAGAGGCGCUUGUCGCUUUUACUGUACUGGACAAAUGAGGGUUAAAACUUGAAGAUCAAGAAAAACAGUGGAAAAAAAGAAGCUAUUCUACACAUCCACUGACAGACUUUCUUUCUCUUUCCCUCUUUCUCUUAUUCUCUCACCGUCUCUCUCAGCAAGCGCAGAACUAUGACUCGUGGAGGUCACUGAGGUUUCCAUUAGCAACAGUAGAACUGCAGAUCUUUCACCCCUAAGGGACCAAAGGACCAAACAUUUUUAUUGUUCUGAACAGUAAUAUAUAGUAUUAAUGAUACUAAUACUACAACCUACUACUAAUAAUAUUACAAGUUAAACUUAAGAAGAAAUACUAGCUUCAGGUUGAAAAAAAAUAAGAGGAAAGGUUUUUCUUGUUUGUUUUGUUCCUUUUACAUUUAUAGCUACUGGGUUUGAGGAUAUUAAAACAAAACAGAAAAAAAAAAUGUGUAAAAAAAAAUAAAGCUAUACCAAUUUAGUGGCGUAGAAUAUGUGGGUUAGACAUUGAACCGGGCAUGUUCAGAUGUGUUCUUUUUCUAAUCAUUUCUUUGUGUGAUAUUCAGCGUUUCAUCUCGGAGGUGUGAUCUGUCGCUGUUAUUGUGUUGAAGAAGAAAACAGUCUCGUAGUGCCAAAAGUGACACUAUAACAGCCUUUUCAACAAUACAUUACUGAUCUGCAGUGAUUUUUUUUAUUUUAUGCUAUGCUGUCUUGUGUCUCUGACAGCACAUUGAAGCAUUGAUAUUACAGAUACUCUGACCAUAAAGCAGUGUGAGUGCACCCGGAUGAGCAGCACUGAAAACCGUGCAGCAGCAUCUGUAACCGCUUAAUAAAAUAUAUAAAUGAGCCUGACAACGGUUGUAAAAAUUUCCAUCCGUGUGUCACAGUGGUCCCAUCCAGGUCGUGCCCUCUUGCACUGACAGGCUCCUCCAGCUGCUCUCUGCAGGUGAGAUCAGUCUCCCACCUCUUCCUCCUCCUCCUCCUCCUAACAACACAUCCAAGUGCCAGCAUAUCUCUCUCUUAAUAGGGACCAUCAGUUCAAGGGGGCCAAGAGCUAACCCACAGCAUAAUUAGGGUAAUGAUAAUAUUGAUCAGAUGGGGAGCACAGCCACAGGGCAGGAGAUGUGCAAUCAAUUACAUAUUGGCAUUUUGAACGAAUUGACUGAGUGACAGAGUCCAUUUUCCUCCCAGCGGUUGGAUGGGAGUCUUUUCCUCCUCUCACUUUCAUACAGUCUCAGAGGGACUUCAAAAACCCAAAUUUAACAGAUGCUGCAAAUUUCUGUCUGACUAAAGAAAACAAUAAAGUUCAGAGGUUUACAUAGAGGUGACAACAACUUUAUAAAUACUGUAGCUCUAGAGAGAAGAGCAGCUUUAGAUUAUUUUAUUUUAUUUAUGUACUUCAUAGGGUUCUAUAGCACAGUAAGAGCUUGUACACGGUGAUGAACAGCCUGGCAUUAGCAGCCUUAGGAGGUCAAAUUAAGAGCAAAAUGAUCCAUCAAUUAGACAGCAGCAGGCCUGUAAGUGUAGCCGCUGCAGCUGCUGCUGCUUCAACGAGACGACAGCUCACCAUUAGCGGCGGUCACACACGGCUCCUAUACAGUGUGGUCAUGACACAUCACGCCGUAUCUGAUAUGAUAAAUUAACUAAUCUAGCAUCCUCUGUAGCUAUGCGUCCGCCGAGAGACACAUAGACAGCACGUCUGAGAUGAAACCUGUUUUCUCAUGAGUUAUAUGCUUUUACUGAAUCACUUUAUUUUUUUCAUCAUAUUGCUCAUAUUUGUUGAACUAACAUCCACUCAGUUGUCUUUUGAUUAGAUUUUUUCGUCAUGCCAUUUAUGAACUCAGUUUGCUCUGAAGCACCUUGCCUCUCAGGACUGUGUGAAACCUCAGCGCUCUGAUCAUCGCUCUGUCUCUUUGGCUUUGUUCUAGACUAUAGAAAACAACUACUUUGCCUCUGUAGUCUGGUACAACUAAAGUCAUCACCAGAACAGCGUCCAGGGUCCUGAUGACUACGUCUUUUUCUAAAACUCCUUACGCGUAUACGUUCCUGACUCACAGGCCCAGUAUUAGGAGAAAAGGAUGUGUUAUUAUCAGGACACUAAUAACAAAUAUUACUCUCUUAACGCUCUGAAAUACUUAAAUGCUGUUUUAAGAAAGUCUUUAAUGCCUUUUUCUCGUUAGAAAUUGCCAAAAUCAUGCAAACAUAUCCACUGUAUCUCCUCGUCAGACAAUGUGCCAGAUUCCUUGAACGUUUAAACAUAGUUUCUUAAAAAAGGAAGUGUUGAUAAGUGAAAGAAAUAAUUGAUUUUGUGAUGUGGCAUAGCUCCAAGGAGGAGGGUCAUUUCAGGCUGUAAUGAUAUAGAAUAGGGUUUUCCUGUGAAAAGGUUAGAUUUCAUAUAUAUUUUGCCAGCAGACAGCUUGGUUCCCCCUCUCGGUGAGUUACUGUUAGUUUCCACUCUGCUGUCAGGGCCCAGCGGCUUUAGGAAGCUGUGAUAUACGCCCUCUUUCCCCCAGGCCAUAAGGGGCCUUAUAAACCCACUCAAAAAUCUUUUCUUAUGGGAUUUCCACUGGAGAGUUUCUUAAAUUAUUAAAAUCAAAUUAAAUUUGGCCUUCACAACAGCUUGGGCAAUGCAAAUUAAAGAUGCCAGCUGUGGCUGACAUGUAAUGAGUUUGAGAAGAUUGUUGAAUGAAUUUCAUUCUGCCAAGAAAGAAAAAAAGAAAUUUGAUCGAAUACAAUUAAAAUCAGGGAAGGUUUGGGGGUGGAAACAGUUUGUAUAUAAGCCUGAAAAUACAUAUCUACUGUGAAAUUCAGAAAAAGGGAAGGAGAGUAAUGAAAUGACUGAAAUCCAAGAAGUAAAUUGAGUUAGCAGCUUUGAGUAACUGGAACUGAUUGAAAA